CACUUGCAGAAGGUUCUUUCUUGAGUUGAAUCCAUUGCAGUUGACACUGUACAGCUAGUUCACUGUAUAUCGGUGAGCAGCACUUGAAACUCGAAGAAAUCGCGUUGCCAGUUGACUCGAUCCGCUCGACGUGAAGGGGUGCUCCUAGAGAUGCUUGGUACUAUCGAAGCCUAUCGAAGCGUUCGCUUAUAUAUAUGGAGACAAUUCAAGACGUGAUGAUUUGUCAGUGAACGCGUCGAGUCUCAACGUCACGGUUGCACAACUUGCAAGUUGCAACUCCAUCAAGUUCUAUCUUCUUUGCUGACACCUUCUGUUGUCCUCUAUGACGACGACGCAGUUCGAUAAAAUUUAUUAUGGCCUCUCAUCUGAAGUUGGGAAAUUUCGUGUUGCAGCAAGUGGAAUGGCCUGGAAGGGCGAAGAGAAUGAUACAGUAACUGCCAUACCGUCUGCAGAAGUCAAAUGGGCGCAAUGGUAUCGCGUUGCAAGGAACUUUCAGCUGCGAAUAGGCCUGAAGGACAGACGGCGAGAAACUUUUGAUGGCUUCUUACGGGAGGAUCACGACAAACUCGCAGGGCUACUCAAACAGCACUUUGCGGUGACUCUGGAAGUCAGAGAUGUCACAUUCAAAGGCUGGAACUGGGGUGUAACGGACAUCCAAGGGCAAGAUAUGGCGUUUCUCGUAUCAAACAAGACGGCUUUUGAGCUCCCUCUGAGCCAAGUAGCAAACUCCAACAUCGCUGGUCGCACUGAAGUUUCACUAGAAUUUGCCCCAUCAACAUCAUCUGCAAAGAAACCUGCUCGCAGUGCCCCAGAUGAGAUGGUAGAGAUUCGCUUCUAUGUUCCUGGUACGCAAGCUCGCAUCCGAGGGUCGGACGCUGGCUCGCAGAAAUCUGAUGACGAGGAGGGAGAUGGAGAGGGAGAGGGAGAGGGAGAGGAAAUGAGCGCAGCACAAGCAUUCCAUGACGCUAUCAAAGACAAAGCAGACAUUGGUCAAGUUUCUGGAGACUUAGUCCUGAGUUUCGAAGAAGUUCUCGUCUUGACCCCUCGUGGACGAUACGACGUUGACAUGUUCCUUGAUUUCUUGCGUCUUCGUGGCAAGACGUACGACUACAAAAUUCUAUAUUCCAGCAUUGCUCGAUUAUUUCUCCUACCUAAAGAUGAUCAACACGUACUCUUCAUUCUGGGAUUGAGCACACCCAUUCGGCAAGGACAGACGAGAUAUUCUUAUCUUGUCAUGCAAUUUGCCCGGGAAGAGGAGACCACAGCGGAGCUCAAUAUGUCGGAGGAAGACAUCGAGAAGUAUGACAGACUGAAAAAGAACUAUGAAGACCCCACCUUUGAAGUCGUCUCGGGUGUUUUCCGUGCUCUAUCCAAGAAAAAGAUCAUCAGCCUAGGGUCAUUCAAAAGUCGUGAUGGUCACCCAGGCAUCAAAGCGAAUCUCAAGGCCGUGCAAGGCGACUUGUUCCUGUUGGAGAAAUAUAUUUUCUUCGUAUCCAAACAGCCAACUCUCAUCGAAAUAUCCGACAUUCACCAGUGUGUCUUCUCUCGGGUUGGUGCAAGCAUGGGUGCCACUGCAGCCCGCACAUUCGACCUGAAGAUUGUGACCAAGAACGGCCCAGAGUUCACGUUCACGUCGAUCAACAAAGAGGAACACGAGCCGGUCGAGGCAUACCUCAAGGAAAAGAAGGUGAAGUUGAAGAAUGAGAUGGUGCCCGACGUCGAUAUGCUGGCUGCUGGAGGUGACUCCUCUGACGAAGAAAUGCAGAGCGUUGCGAGUAGUGGGGACGAAAUGCCCAAGCCGAGAUUGGGUGGUGAUGAUGAGGACAGUGAAGAAGAUGAGGACUUCCAAGCCUCGUCCACAGACGAAGGUUCACCGAGUGAAAGCGACUCAGAUUCUGACGGCGGUGUUACUGCCUCUGAUGCUAGCGGAGAUCGCGAGCUGGCAAAUGCUGCAAAAGGAAAAAAGAAAUUAACCAAGAAGAAGGCAAAGGGCAAGGCAGCUGGCAGCGAUGCAGGGGAUGAUGAAGACAAACCAACAAAGAAGAAAGCGAAGACCAAAGCAGCCGGUAGUGAUGCAGGCGACGAUGAAAAUAAACCCAAGAAGAAAGUCAAGGCCAAGGCAGCUGGUAGUGAUGCGGGCAAUGAUGAAGAUAAACCCAAGAAAACAGCGCCCAAACCUAAGCCCAAGCCCAAAGCCAAGAAGCAGGACGACGAUGCAAUGGAUGUUGACGAGGACGAGGAGCCAAAAUCCAAGCCGAAACCAAAACCGAAACCAAAACCGAAAGCCUCCGGUCCUAAGGAAGGUGAGGAAGACGAACCUGUCAAGAAGAAACCCAAGGUAUCUUCGGAUUGAGCACUUGUGUACUUUUACUUGCUCCUUAUUACUUUUCUCCUUGCUAAUCAUCAUGAUUUUAACAUUGUGUACAAUGGUUUACUUUGAAAUACGACUACAGAAGUAUGUAGUUACAACCUCCAAUAUACAAUGCAAUGACACGGACAGUAGAUGUGGGGUAUAUGCGGGGUAUAUUCAGUUCGCAUAAAAGCACAUCAUGAUAUGACAUCUCUGUGUUUAGCCAGGAGAGAGCCAGG